AUGGAGAGGUACGAGAAGGCCAAGAAGGAGGCGAACUUAGCACUUAUAGUGGCUAAGACUGCGAUAUUUGGGCGUUUGUAUGAAGAGCCUAAGGACAAAGGUGGGGACAAAAAGCUGUACAGGUUAGUUAAGACGACAGAAAGGAAGGCACGUGACCUAGACAAAGAGAAGUGCGUCAAAGAUGAGGAAGGCAGAAUUCAUGCAAGGGUGUUCGUCUACGGAAGCCAUUCACCUUGUAAGGAGGGUGGUAGAGUAGUAUAUGAGAGGAAGAGAGACCUGCAUACUGUGUUCAUUGAUCUAGAGAAAGCAUAUGGCAAAGUCCCAAGGGAGGAUCUUUGGAGAUGCUUAGAUGCUAGAAGUGUUCUUGUUGCUUAUACUACGGUGAUUAAGGAGAUGUUGAGUAGGAACAAGAUAGAAUACUUGGAGUGCAACUUCAGUGACAGGACCGAUGAAGAAGACGUGAAUGUGAUGCUUCAUACACAAGUCAUCCUCGAGAGAUAUAGUUUCAAGAACCCUGGGUCUAUUAUACAAGGAAAUGGGGAGAUUGAUGGGGAUGUUUCACAUCGUAUUGGAGCAGGGUGGGUGAAAUGGAGACAUACAUAUAGUGUAUUAUGUGAUAAGAACGUGCACCUAAACUUAAAGAACAUGGCGCCUAGGAAGAAGGCAAAGAGUAGCCAAAGGGAAAAUACUACCCCAAGAGUGGUAGUUAAUGCAGUUCCUGAUGCUACGAGUGUGCACAUGAAGAGUGAAAGUGCUCCCUCAACAAGUGCACCUCCUACUUAUAGUACCCCUUUUGAGAUUCCGGCUUAG